GGGUUUAGGCUGAGGUGUCUUGAUGAUUAGGUUUCAGGCUGCCAGGAGAAGCCCCAAUACCAAGGGUGAUUGGAUAUAAUUAGAAGUGGGAACUGUCCCCAACCUCCAGACAAUGUGGAUCAGAUAUAAGAUCUUAAUCUUUUCUUAUCUGACUACAGAAAUCUGCACGGAGAAGCAUUAUUUAUCUCAAAAAGAAGUGGACCGAGGAGCUUAUUUAACCAGACACCACACCAUUUUGGAAGGUUUUCGAUUCAAAAGAGCCAUUUACCAAGGACGGUACUGUAGAAGUUUCGGUUGUUGUGAAGACAGAGAUGAUGGCUGUGUCACUCAGUUCUAUGAGGCAAAUGCAUGGUGCUACUGUGAUAGAUUCUGUGAAAGGGAAAACUCUGACUGCUGCCCUGAUUACAAGUCCUUUUGCCAUGAAGAGCAAAAGUGGCUUCCUCCCACACAGCCCUGGUUUCUGGAAGGUUGCUUCAAAGAUGGGCAACAUUAUGAAGAAGGAUCAGUAAUUAAAGAAAACUGCAACUCCUGCACAUGCUCAGGACAGCACUGGAAAUGUUCCCAGCAUACAUGCCUUGUCCGCCCAGAAUUAAUUGAACACAUCAACAAAGGAGACUAUGGAUGGACAGCAGAGAACUACAGCCAGUUCUGGGGAAUGACUCUAGAAGAGGGCUUCACAUUUCGCCUGGGCACCUUGGCCCCUAGCCCCAUGCUCCUGAGCAUGAACGAAGUGACGGCUGCUUUACCUGCCAAAACUGAUCUUCCAGAGUUUUUUAUUGCUUCUUAUAAGUGGCCGGGAUGGACUCAUGACCCACUGGAUCAAAAAAAUUGUGCGGCAUCCUGGGCAUUUUCCACUGCAAGUGUGGCUGCUGAUCGAAUAGCAAUUCAGUCCAAUGGUCGAUACACCGUCAACCUCUCCCCUCAGAAUUUGAUCUCCUGCUGUCUCAAGCACCGUUAUGGAUGCAGUGGUGGAAGCAUUGAUAGAGCUUGGUGGUACCUGAGAAAACGUGGACUGGUAUCUCAUGCAUGCUAUCCACUUUUCAAGGACCAAAACUCUACCAAUGGAUGUGCCAUGGCCAGUAGGUCCGAUGGGCAGGGGAAACGGCAUGCCACAACACCAUGCCCCAACAACAUCGAAAAAUCUAACAGGAUCUACCAGUGUUCUCCCCCAUACAGAGUCUCUUCCAAUGAAACACAGAUAAUGAAAGAAAUAAUGAAAAAUGGACCAGUUCAAGCCAUAAUGCAAGUCCAUGAAGAUUUCUUCUAUUACAAGACAGGAAUAUAUAGACAUGUUACCAGCACAAUUGAAGAUUCAGAAAAAUAUCAAAAGCUUCGGACCCAUGCAGUCAAACUUACUGGGUGGGGUACACUGAGAGGAGCAAAAGGAAGAAAAGAAAAAUUUUGGAUUGCUGCCAAUUCCUGGGGAAAGUCAUGGGGAGAGAAUGGCUAUUUUAGGAUUCUUCGAGGAGUAAAUGAAUCUGACAUUGAAAAGUUGAUUAUUGCAGCUUGGGGCCAACUGACAAGUUCAGAUGAACCAUAACAUAUUAAAGUUUUGUAAGGUCAUGUGUUCAACCCCUUAAAUUGAAAUUUAGCAACAUGAGGGUCUCCAUGACAGUGGAAACUUUGUCUCUUCACUCUGUGUGUAUAAAUGUAUCUGUUUUACUCAAGGCUUGUACUAACAUAAUAAAGAGCAGCAGAGUGGCCUAAUGACUAAA